AUGGCUUCGUCCGAGGAAGAGGCGACAACCGCGCCGACCUCUGAAGAUGGAUUGCCAGACUGUCUCAGUGUACGAAAAUGGUGGUGCUUCCUGCUUUCGUCGAUCAUCACGUUCUUGGCGGGGCUUCUGGUGGUGCUGCUAUGGCGGCUCUGCGCGUUCGUCUGCUGCCGCAAGGAGCCCGAGCUGGCGCCGAACGACCCCAAGCAGAAGGAGCAGAAAGCGGCGCGACAGGGCAAACAGGAGUUCGAGGGCACCUUCAUGACCGAGGCCAAGGAUUGGGCCGGCGAACUCAUCUCUGGCCAGACCACCACCGGACGAAUUCUGGUAGUGUUGGUGUUCAUUCUGAGUAUAGCAUCGCUCAUCAUCUACUUCAUCGACGCGUCCAGGAAUACUGAGGAGGUUGAGCGAUGCCAGAAAUGGAGUGACAAUAUUACUCAGCAAAUCGACCUUGCCUUUAACAUAUUUUUUAUGGUCUACUUUUUUAUACGAUUUAUAGCAGCUAGUGACAAACUAUGGUUCAUGCUCGAGAUGUAUUCAUUUGUUGAUUAUUUCACGAUACCCCCAUCCUUUGUAUCGAUAUACCUGGAUAGAACGUGGAUAGGGCUAAGGUUUCUCCGAGCUCUACGCUUAAUGACCGUGCCUGAUAUUUUGCAGUACCUCAAUAUAUUAAAGACAUCGAGCUCAAUUCGUUUGGCGCAAUUAGUUUCUAUAUUUAUAUCGGUAUGGCUUACAGCAGCCGGAAUUAUUCAUUUAUUGGAAAAUUCUGGAGAUCCAAUGGACUUUGAUAAUGCGCAAUCAUUAUCAUAUUGGACAUGCGUAUAUUUUCUUAUAGUGACCAUGUCCACCGUAGGUUAUGGUGAUGUGUUCUGUCAUACAGUGCUGGGCAGAACAUUUUUGGUUUUUUUUCUGCUCGUCGGCUUGAGGAUCUCUCGUACUCGGAGAUGUGUAUUGGGGAGCGUGGUAGAGAGCCUCUGUAGGGGCCGCCGCGUACCCUCCGGCUCCGCCGUCCCUCCCUCCCACCUCGCGAUCUCUGCAUGCGCACCUGUGCCUGGCUGUGUUCAGUUGCUCACAUCACCGGCAAUGUUCGCUAGUAGCAUUCCUGAAAUUAUAGAGCUGGUAGGAAGUAGGUCCAAGUACAGUGGCGAGCUGAAGCGUGAACAUGGAAAAAGGCAUUGCAUGCACCCGGUCACGUGUCCUGUCACGGCUUGUCGUCACGUAGCUCCCGCUAGCGUAGCUCGGCACGGCACCCAAGUCCCGCACCCGUCCACACCACGCCACAGCCACACGCAGACAGACGACACUCAAGCCACACAGCCUUGUGCGAGCGCGAGGGCUGUGUUCGCCAGCUGGAUCCCCGAGAUCACGGAGCUGGCGGCGCAGCGGAACAAAUACGGCGGCCGGUACAACAAGGACGUCCGCCGCAGAAUCGGUCUCUCGGUGCCGUGGCGCAUGCUCGAAGAGUUAGCUCCCGGCGGCCGCGCCCCUCUCCCCGUACACGAGAGACAGGCGCGCGGUCGACCGACGCACUACUACAUGCCUUUUUUCGCGAUAUUUGCCAGUUGUAUCCCAGAGAUAAUUGACUUAAUCGGCACUAGACCCAAGUAUGGCGGCACCCUCAAGAAUGAGCGGGGACGCAGGCAUAUAGUCGUAUGUGGACAUAUAACAUAUGAAUCAGUCAGUCAUUUCUUAAAAGACUUUCUACACGAAGACCGAGAGGAUGUGGAUGUUGAGGUUGUUUUUUUACACAGGAAACCGCCCGACCUGGAGCUCGAAGGCCUGUUCAAGAGACACUUUACCACUGUGGAAUUCUUUCAAGGCACCAUUAUGAAUCCAAUCGACCUACAAAGGGUAAAAGUGCAUGAAGCUGAUGCGUGUUUGGUGCUCGCCAAUAAGUACUGUCAGGACCCGGAUGCCGAAGACGCCGCGAACAUCAUGAGAGUCAUAUCCAUCAAGAACUACUCAGACGACAUCAGAGUUAUAAUUCAGUUAAUGCAAUACCAUAAUAAGGCCUAUCUUCUCAACAUUCCUUCGUGGGACUGGAAGCAAGGAGACGACGUAAUUUGCUUAGCAGAAUUGAAAUUGGGGUUUAUCGCUCAGAGCUGUCUCGCACCGGGAUUCUCUACCAUGAUGGCCAAUCUAUUCGCUAUGAGAAGUUUCAAAACGUCACCGGACACCCAGGCCUGGCAGAACGACUACCUGCAGGGUACCGGAUGCGAGAUGUACACCGAGUCUCUGUCCACUUCCUUCACUGGAAUGAGUUUUCCUCAAGCCAGCGAGUUGUGUUUCACAAAAUUAAAACUUCUUCUACUGGCGAUUGAGAUCAAAGGAGAAGAAGGUGCUGAUAGUAAGAUCUCUAUUAACCCCCGGAAUGCGAAGAUACACGCGAAUACACAAGGAUUUUUUAUAGCUCAGUCUGCGGAUGAGGUUAAAAGGGCUUGGUUUUACUGCAAAGCGUGCCACGAGGACAUCAAAGAUGAAACACUCAUCAAGAAAUGCAAAUGCAAAAAUUUGACCGCACACCAGCGGAAGGUCGGAGCCGAUAUAGAUGUCGGAAUGAUGAUGAUGCAGACGGGGAUGGUGAAACAAAAUCUAAAUACGUAUCGGGGUGUCGACGUGGCUACAUUCAGGAAAGGCGUACGAGCCGUCCAGAUGGUUGGAAGGGCAAAUGACCACCAUCCUCCCCCCACCUUCACGCCGCCAGAGUUGCCCAAGAAGGUCCAUGUUCGAGGUGAAAUCGCAAGAGAAAGAGGAGAGGAUAUCAGUUUAAUAAAUCGUAAUCACCGAAGUGCCGCGCCAACAGCGCUUUUGUCUCCGAUGGCUAAUCAGCUGAUGAACACCACAACAACGAGGCAAGUCAACAAGGUCAAACCAAACGUGAAUAGAGCUCCACCCGACACGAAUACGCAAGAACAAGAUACGAAUUACCAAGCCUAUCAUCUAGCCUACGAAGUGAAAAAACUCAUGUAA